UGUGACGUAGACCAGACCCAAAGUCACUUUCUUAAAUGAAGUUUGCCAUGGAGCUCUUGAAAGACUCUGCUAUACAUAAAUAAUUUAUUCAAAAUAUUAUUCUCCCUCUUCCCUACUUGGUAUGCUCCUCUUAUUCUAAUCCUAAAUAGCCUCAAUCGCGCCACUACUAUGGAAAAAAAGGACAAUAAUGCCAUUAGGCGUCAAUCCCAACACCCGCCGCGGUAUACUCUAAACCCUUUUAUCAUAGCUAUGGGAUUUACGAAUCCGUUACGCGCUCAUCCGCCAUCAAGACACCCAGAAACACUAGGGCCUAAACCGACGAGCCUUCCUCGAACUACGAGCAGGCAGGUAAGAGGAGGCUUGGACAUUAUAAAUGUCAAGGACGAUAUACCGAAUAGCGCAAAAACAGAAGCUACUAUAGACUCAAACAAUAGUCCCAGCGGCGGGCCUCCUAUCUGCCGCAAUGCCCCUUCUGGAGACACCCCUUCAUCACUGCAUCUUUCCAACUCUUCUGGCCUACGUGCUGCCGAAUGGAGAGCAUUCCCACCAGAAGAUGUUCCAAGGUUUGAUCUGGCAAACUCCACAACAUUAUCUGAGGAAAAAUUACCGGACAUUGAAAGACUUACUAACAAGCAUAUUACACAAUCCAUAACUUUUCGAAAGUGGCUAGGACAGAAGAACAAGGAGCUAGACGCGCUUGGCAGUAUGGAACAACCGCACGAGAAUAGCAAAGACGAGAUAUCGGCCGAUCAUACGCUCACUAACGCCGAGCAAAGAAAACCAGUUAUUCGCGGCAUUCGACAAUAUUUUGUGGAUACUAAGGCUAUCGAAGCUGCUCGCCGUCAAGCUUCAGAAACCUUACAGCAUCAACGAAGAUUACCAUUGACAGCAACUAAGUGCUUGUUGGGAUCAGAUGGGUCAUCAUCCAAUGAUGCUCGCCUGACCAAAGAGAAGCACUUAUACAUGGUCGGCUCGCCCCCAGAUUUGGUCAGACUUCCUUUCGACCAGGCCGUAGAUGCUGGCCUUGAAGUUGCUCAUCCUCAUGAACGGUAUGCACUUCCAGAUCCACCAGGCACUCUUCGAACGCCACCACCUCCCCCACAAGCAUCUACCUCGGGCGCGCCUUCCUCCACUGUGCCCUCCACGACUCGACGCAGCCUCAAUAUUCCAGAAUGGUUCGAGCAUUUCAAAAUACCCCUCAGGGGGAAGAACCGCGAGGCUAGAUGGAACAAUCUAAUGAACCAUAUCUACUUGCUGGAGACAGAAAUAAGACUGAGUAGCAACGAUGAAGCAUCGGAGAAGACGCCCUGGGACAAGAAGUGGCAUGACCCUAAUGACAAAUGGCCCUUCGAGCACCAGCAGAAGCACGGCGGCUGGUGGAAAUGCAGAUCCGGCCCCGACGCCCCGGAGGCGGAGAAAAAUUGCCGGUAUUGUCACUAUCAGACCGUAUCUCCAAAUCCGAUCGAAUCUGCAAAGCAGACCGAAUCUUCAAAGCAGACCGAAUCUCCAAAGCAGACGGCGCCGACACGCAGCGCGAAGGAGAAACUCGACCUGAUACAGAGUGCUAUAGAUGAGGCGAUGGCUAUAGUUGGGGAGAAGGAUAAGGCUAUUGCAUUAAAGAUGCUGCGCAAGGGAAAGACCUCCUCUAAGGGUGGAGAAUAAAUAGUAUUACAACGUCAUGUAAUAAUGGUGUGGAAGUUCAAGUAAUGGAUGGAUGGCACUCCUUCGUUGUUGGUUUUGUGUACGGAGCCUCUGUUAGGAAAGGACUGGCUAGGACUUGGUAACAUUGGGCACUCUUAUUGUCAAUGCCAUUUUUAGCGUUUGGGGGGUAUCAUAUUCAUAAUGGCGCUGGCGAAUUUCUAUUUCCAUAGCGGCAAGCGGCAGAGGUCCGCAGCGUUGGCGUCUAGCGGUAGGAUACUGGCGUAGAUAUAGUUCGCCUUAGGAGUUAUGGAUAUUACUUAUAGAAGCAUGCUUUGGAUAGGCUUACGAGUUGCGUCUAGUAUUGAGAAGUAUACCUAAUAGAAAAAAGUUCUGAUUUAAAAGAAUUUUAUUAAAAUUUACUUUUAAUGAUCUUUAUAUGUUCCGACCUGAGAUAGUAAGGUCUAAGUCUACUUCGUAGAAUCUGA